ACUGCUAUUAAUCUUAUUUAAUUUUUUUGUACCUUAAUCUGUUUCCCUCUCCCUAGUGUGAUGCUUGGGCUAAGGGGCAAUUAUAAGAUUAUUUACCUAAUGUAGAAGUGCAGUCUAGAAUACUGUCUAUGGUAAGAACCCUAUGAUACAUGUGGAUAUAAAAUACUCCAUAAACAAAUAAAAUUAGUACUUUAAAAAUCUUAAAAUCAAAUUCCUAGAAUCAGUCGGACACUUGUCAAAAUUUUAUUUCAAUGGCAGUCAGUCGUCUUUUCUGUUCUGCUCUAUGCAUCUGUGGGAAGUCAGGCUUGUAAAUUGCAGUUGUUGAUGACUUGAUGCUCAAGUCGUCAUUUUGGCCUGGCCAUUAUCAAUUCCUUUCAACAUGUACUUUGGGUCCUCCAAAAAAAUCUACAGAUAUUCCUGUUAUAAUGCUCACUGCCAAGGAAACACAAUCUUGUUUAUUGAAUGAUCUAUGCUUAAGUCAAUAUAAUGAAAAAAUUGGUCAUAUUUUAACAAUAAGAAUUUGUUUUUCACAAUUCUAUCUUAACACAAGGCUUGAAGUAUGUGAUUACCUUCAAAACUGCAACAGGUUACUUUGAAUUCUUCUCCACAGGCUUAAUUGAAGGAAGUUACUGCUAUAUUCAACUUGUUAUGUUUGAUGAUCAAUUUGGAUGCUUCGUUUACAGUUUAUCUACUGUUCACCAAGUUUGAUACUCAUCUGUUUCUACAGAAUUCAGUUAAGAGGCGCCAGCAUGAAGCAGAACUGAAAUUAGUAGAAGAAGAAACAACGAAGAGGGUUGAAGAGGCAAUUCAGAAAAAAGUUGAAGAGAAAUUGAACUCUGCCUACAUGAAGCUUGAAAUUGAUAAGCGACUUUCAGAAGGUCGGAAGAAGCUUGUCAUUGAGGUUGCGGCUCAGCUUCAAAAGGAGCGGGAAGCUGCAGUUAUCAUGGCAAAACAAAAGGAGGAGCAAGCCAGGAAGGAGGCCGAGGAAAUGGAUAAGAUGCUUGAAGAGAAGAGGAUGAAGAUCGAAGAAGCUCAGAGAAGGGAAGCUUUGGAGCAGCAGAGGAUAGAGGAGGAACGGUAUAGGGAACUGGAGGAGCUUCAAAGACAGAAAGAGGAGGCUAUGCGAAGGAAGAAACAGGAAGAAGAGGAAGAACGCGCCAAACAAAUGAAGCUGUUGGGCAAGAACAAAUCUCGCCCAAAGUUGUCUUUUGCUUUCGGGUUAAAAUAAAUCUGGUCGACUAAUGAAGAUUCCAGAAGAAGCUCCGUCGUCCCCUGUGUAUUUCUGUAUUUUUUUUCCCUUUUGCCUUUUUUUUUUUGUUUUUACUGGGCAGUGUUUUUGUGUUCAAAUUUGAAGGCAAAUGAAUUAAUGAAAUGUUAGCAGUUUAGAUUUAAUACAACCAACAGUGAACAUGAAAGUGUGGCAACAACAGGCGCCUGCUUACAAUUUCUGUCCUUUUU